AUGGAUCUUCCUCUGGAGAUAUUGGAGGAAGUUUUGGGGCACAUAGUGGAGGAAAGCGACGACAUCCGGUCCAUGAGCAGGAGUACCCUCAGCACUCUCUUUUCCUGUACAUUAACGUCCCGCCUCUUCGCAUUCGCAGCUCGCAGACAAAUUUUCCAUACUUUGAAUAUUGAGCGCAAAGGACGUAGGCUUCAUCUACAAGGUCGAUGGACUACAAACCGCAAGGAGGCGGAGCUGUCCCGGAGAUUCUCUGCUCUUACCGAUUUAUUAAAUGCGGAGAACACCGAUUUGCCUUUGCUCAUCCGCACUGUUCGCAUUACUAUCGACAAGGACAGAUUCCUUUUACAGGAAUCGUCUAAUCUUCAUUCCGUCUUCGAGGCCCUCAUAUCUCGAGGGGCUAACAUACAAUGUCUAUAUGUUGGGGUCAGUUACGACACCAAUUCCCGACUUUCAUGGAACGACAUUCCUCGUCUAGUGGCAAGUGGCUUAGAACGUAUUUCCCAAUUAGAAUCUUUGACUCGUCUACAUAUUCGCUUCAUAACUGACUUGCCACCUUUGUUUGCCGUCACUCGAUCUCGGUUCAGAAACCUUGAGCUGAUGCGGUCUACCUUCGGGAAUGUCGCCCCCAGUUCGCAAACUAAAUUCCAUAUCAGCACAUCACGGGGACAGUUACAAUUUUUGGCCAGCCUCAGCAAGCUCGAUUUAUAUCCUACAAGACUAUGCUAUGCUAUGAAUAGAGAUACAAACUAUGUAGCAAUAGGUCUACAUCUGGGAAACUCGGUGGGUAUACCUCGAGUCACCACGUUUGUCACUCACAUACACAUUUCUUCCCAUUCAAACCAAAAACGCUGGCUUUCCGCGAACGAAUGGCCGAGGCUUUGCAGUGCAAGUUGGUUUCCGUCGUUUAAAAUGAUUACCAUUAAACAAUGGGCAAAUUCAACGGUGCAACCAACCAUUGACAGCAUCGCAGUGGACUUCGCCAACUUUGUCGACAUCUUGCUUAGUACCCCCGGUCAGUCCAAACUGGAGGAGAUCGAACUCAGCUACGAGCUCUUCGGACAAUAUAUCGGACCUGACACAUUCGCUGGAGUUACGUUUAAAUCUCUGAAUGAUUUGAGAAUUGAUUCACUGCGCCGUCAACAUCCUUCAUUACAAACGGCCGUAUUUCGUAUGGCCAUUCAGCUUUCAUGGGAGGUUGACCUGGACCGAAAAGCUCACGGUCGGUCGGGCUGUGACGCACUUACCCAAAGGAUAGAACAGGAAAUAAUCUCAGGAUUCUCGGAAGGUAUACCUCUCGACAGGUUGUCAGGCAGUCAAUCUUUACUCCCUCAAAUUCAUGUCGAGGUUCUAAUUGUUGAUUGA